UCGGCGGUGAAACUGUUGCAAAAUGAUGAGGUCACAGCAACGCUGUUGCUGGACAGUCGUGAAGUGGCGUGUACAGAUGCGCGACCGGUGUCGCAGCAAGCCUGGGAUCAGCGCUUCAGCAUCGAUUUGGAUAGAUCAAAAGAGCUGGAAAUAGAAAUACGAUACCGUGACUGCCGUUCGAUGUGUGCAUUUACGGUUGUCCGAAUGGGUGAUAUUGUGGAGCCAUCUGAACGAUCCGGUAUGGUGCUCGGUCUCGAACCGCAAGGAGAUCUCUUUGCUGAGUUCAAAUAUUUGAACCCAGUUGUGAGCAGAAAACCGAAACUUGAAAGACAAAAACGCCUCUUCAGAGUGAAAGAACGAAAAGAGAUGGCAGGUGCGAAGAAGCAACUUGGUGUUGCAGCUUGGAGUCGUUUGAUGAAACAGUUCGGCGGAUCGCAACCCAACGAAAGCAUUGAGCCAGUAAUAAGCCCUGCAACCUAUGGGGCUUCUACUACUGCUACUGCUGCUCGUGCUUCGUCACCGCCGGCAACGAAGAGCGCUCACACGUUGCCAUCUCGUUUAAGUGCCGAUCGACCGUUGACCUCAUUUGCAGCUUCUCACUUAGCACUCUCUCCAGAAACGGACUUCACUGCGGCAGCGGCAGCAACAGCACCAGUACCACAUACAGCACAGAUUCCGCAGGGUGCAUUUAUUCAGAAUGUUCACUUUGAUGAACAUGUUGAACGGGCGAAAGCGAAAUAUCAUCAGCGGCAGCAUGAAGCUCACAAGCCAUUGCCAGUACCAACGCGACCUGCACCGAAGCCUCCGAGUAGCGCUCUCCAAGUGGAGUCACCACCUCCGUUGCCAACAUCCAAGCCACCGCCUUUAACGCAUACGAAGACAUCACGAAUUACUUCCACAACGAUGGCCGCAAUCACAGUUGAUAAAUUCCGUCUUAUUUCGGUGCUGGGACGAGGACACUUCGGAAAGGUGAUUUUGGCACAGUACAAAACAAAUGGUGAGUACUAUGCACUGAAAGUGUUGAAAAAAGGUGAUGUACUUGGGCGCGAUGAGGUCGAGUCAUUGAUGGUCGAGAAAAGGAUUUUUGAGAUUGCAACACGGCGCCGUCAUCCAUUCCUUGUGAAUUUGUUCGCAUGUUUCCAGUCAAAAGAGCAUGUCUUCUUUGUUAUGGAAUAUUCGAUGGGUGGUGAUCUGAUGCGACAUAUCCACGAUGAUAUUUUCAGCGAGGAAAGGAGUUGCUUCUAUUCGGCUUGUGUACUGCUGGGUCUUGAAUUCCUUCACGCUAAUAACAUCAUUUAUAGAGAUCUCAAAUUGGAUAAUCUUUUGUUGGAUAAAGAAGGUUACGUGAAAUUAGCCGAUUUUGGAUUAUGUAAAGAAGGUAUGGGGCCGACCGAUAGAACUUCAACAUUUUGUGGUACUCCAGAAUUCCUUGCACCUGAGGUUUGUACUUACUGA